AAUGACUCCAUUUUCUGGCUGCAUUUUUUUUCAUUCAAUCUCUCAGAAAAAUGAUACCUUUAUUUGGUUUUGUCAUGGUUUUAGGUUAAAUGUAAUGUUUUUGAAACUUAGAUUUUGAUCUGAUAAUCAGGAUUUACUGUUGAACCCAUUAGUUGUAUUGUUGAAAUUUGCAGCAUGGAAGUUUAAUUAGAUGUUUUUGGUCUAUUGGGAAUUUCAGGGAAAUGAGAUGAACUAAUGGGAAAUACUUAAAUUGUAAGUUAUAAUGUAUACAAGGAUAUUCAGAUGUAGAAGUAAACAAUUGGAUUCAAUAAUUCAACAACCAUACAAAUGUUUGGUUAGGUCGUUUCACGUUGAUUCUUCUUCUGCCCACGCUCAUUCUUUUUGCGGGGCAGGGUUUUGUGGUAAUCAACAAUCAAGAGUUGGAAAUAUUCCGUCGAAUCGUUUUGAUGUUAGUAGUAAGGUUGGGAGGUUCGAUGCACGUUGGAGGAGUAGUUCGGUAAGGUAUUAUAGUUCUAAAGACAAUGGAACGAAUGCAAAUGAUGAUAAACAAAUACCAGUAAAAGAUGCGAGUAAUAAUGUUGAUAAGGGGAAACUCCCGAAGGAGAAGGUAAAGAUAGAUGUGAAGAACGGUGAUGCUCAUGCACAGCUUGGCGAACAGGAUCAGAAAGAAUGGCUGAAGAAUGAGUCGUUGUUACGGGAAAGUAAAAAGAAUGAGUCUCCGUUUUUAUCUAGACGGGAAAGAUUCAAGAUGGAUUUCUUGCGGAUGGUGGUGCCGCCAGAGAAAAUUGGUGUUUCAUGGGAAACGUUUCCAUACUAUAUUAACGAAACCACGAAAAAAUUGUUGGUGGAGUGUGCUGCGUCACAUUUGUUACAUAAGGAGUUCACUGCAUCUUAUGGUGCGCGAUUGACCUCUUCAAGUGGAAGAAUACUGCUUCAGAGCAUACCAGGAACUGAGCUUUAUCGUGAAAGAUUCGUUAAGGCACUUGCUCGGGACAUGGAAGUACCUAUAUUGGUGCUUGAUAGCAGUGUUCUUGCACCUUAUGAUCUUAAUGAACAGUGUACAUCGGAAAGUGAGUCAGACGAUGAUAAUUCAGAGUCAGAGGACGAGCUUAUGAGAGAUUCCGACACUGAUACAAGCAACGAAGAGGAUUGUGGAAGUGGCAGUGAGUCAAAAUCUGACAGUGAAGAUGUUGCAGAAGCUGUGGCUGCGGCUGCUGAGAAUCUCAAAAAGCUUGUCCAAUAUGAGAAUGAGAAUGAGAAUAGUGUAUCGGGAGAAGCUGAAAAUAUCAGUGAAUCAGAUAAGACAGCAACUGUUCCUACACAAGAGCAAUCUGAAAGGACUUUUCAGAAAGGGGAUCGUGUCAAAUACGUUGGGAAAUCUGUACUUCCUGAACACACUGACGCCGAUGAAAGGAUUUUAUUUGGAAAAAUACCAACAACUGAUGGUCCAAAAACUGCUUAUACAACUAUUCGUGCCAGGCCUUUGUCAACUGCCCAGCGGGGAGAGGUAUAUGAGGUGACUGGGGACCGGGUAGCUGUUAUUGUGGAUAGUGGUGACAUGACAACCAAAGGAGAAAAGAUGGAUGGGAUGAGUGCUGAAGAAGCUGCGACGUCCUCGAUUCAUUGGCUAGAUGUUCAUGAUAUAGAACAUGAUCAUGAUAUGGAGGCAUUAGAUUGGUACAUCGCGUUGGAGGCACUUUCUGAGGUUUUGCCAUCCCUAGAACCUCUUAUUGUCUAUAUCCCUGACUCAUCUCAGUGGUUGAGGGGAGUCCCCAAAGCACAUCAUAGAUAUUUUAUACAGAAGGUGGAGCAGAUGUUUGAACGAUUAUCAGGACCUGUUGUUUUGAUUUGUGGACAAAACAAAGUUGAAACAGGGGCAAAAGAGAAGGACAAACUUACAAUGCUAAUCCCUGGUCUUAAUCUCCAAAAAUUGCCUUUUUCGUUUAAGCAACUUACGGAUGGAGUGGAAGGCGUAAAAAAACCACAGCAGAAUGAGUUAAAUAAGCUGUUCCCCAAUGUGGUUUUACUUCAUCCUCCAAAGGAAGAGGAACUUCUUGGGGCAUUCAAUAAACAGAUAGAAAUAGACAGGAAGAUUGUGAUAUCAAGGAGUAACCUGACUGAGCUACACAAGGUAAUGGAGGAGCAUAAUUUAUCAUGUGCAGAGCUUUUGCAUGUAAAUACUGAUGGCGUGAUCCUGACUCAGCAGAAAGCUGAAAAAGUUGUUGGCUGGGCUAGAAAUAAUUACCUCUAUGGCUGCAGUCUUCCCUCAAUAAAAGGGGAAAGGUUGAACGUGCCCCGCGAAAGCCUGGAGACUGCAAUUCUGAGGUUAAAGGAAGAGGAGAUGAAAUCUAGACAACCAACACAAGAUCUGAAGAGCCUUGCUAAGGAUGAGUUUGAAAGCAACUUUGUUUCGGCAGUGGUUCCGCCAGGUGAAGUUGGAGUCAAAUUUGAAGAUAUUGGUGCGCUUGAGGAUGUGAAAAAAACAUUAAAUGAACUUGUAAUUCUUCCAAUGAGGAGACCAGAGUUGUUCACUCGUGGAAAUCUAUUGCGGCCAUGCAAAGGGAUACUACUUUUUGGACCUCCGGGAACAGGAAAGACCCUUCUUGCUAAAGCAAUAGCAACUGAAGCAGGAGCGAAUUUUAUAAGCAUUACUGGUUCAAUGCUCACAUCUAAGUGGUUUGGAGAUGCUGAAAAGCUUACCAAGGCUCUUUUCUCUUUUGCUAGCAAGCUCGCCCCUGUAAUUAUAUUUGUUGAUGAGGUUGACAGUUUGCUUGGUGCCCGAGGUGGUGGCUCUGAACAUGAGGCAACUAGAAGAAUGAGAAAUGAGUUUAUGGCAGCUUGGGAUGGACUGAGGUCGAAAGACAGCCAAAGAAUCCUUGUUCUCGGUGCCACCAAUAGACCAUUUGACCUUGAUGAUGCCGUCAUCCGUCGUUUGCCAAGAAGGAUAUAUGUGGAUUUACCAGAUGCUGAGAACCGGAAGAAAAUUCUAAAAAUAUUUCUUGCCCAAGAAAACCUCGAGUGUGAUUUCAAAUAUAGCGAGCUUUCAAAUGCAACUGAAGGAUACUCUGGAAGUGAUCUGAAGAACUUGUGUAUUGCUGCCGCGUAUAGGCCUGUCCAAGAACUUCUUGAAGAAGAAAGAAAGGGGUGUUCUGAAAGUAUAGCUCCAGCACUAAGACCGCUUAAUCUGGGAGACUUUAUUGAAGCAAAAGCAAAGGUUGGGGCUUCGGUUGCUUAUGAUGCUUCAAGCAUGAAUGAGUUGCGAAAAUGGAAUGACCAGUAUGGUGAAGGUGGAAGCAGGAAGAGAACGCCAUUUGGAAUCGGGGAUUAAUUAGCAUAUCAAUUGACAUGGUUUUGACCCCGUAUGUAACCUAGAAAUCCUUUGUAACAACCACAUAGAGGUGAGGUGAAAAGCUCACAUUAUUCUUCCCUUGUGUUCAAGUAGAAAAGGAGGGAGUGCCUUGUAAGGAACCAGGGUCUUUUCCGGCCCUGUGUUCUCUAAAAUUUUGACCUGAUCCUUGUAGCAGAAAAACGUGUAAAGUAAGUUAAUCAUUUCUUUAGUUAAAAUAUCACAAUAAUAUAUAAUGAACAUUCUUUCAUCAUAAACUGAAAUCUUUCUCA